AUGGCGUCCAACUACAAAAGGUAUUUAGCGGAGAAGGUUAUCAGUGACCAGGAGCAUGUGACAUAUCGCGCUCUGAGCAGGGCACUGAAUGUCCACUGCAAUCAUGCCAAGAGAAUGCUCUAUGAGUUUCACAGACAUGAAAACUCCAAAAAGCCAAAGUCUGUCAAUGCAACAUAUCUCCUAACCGGAGUGCUUGCAAAGCAAAACGGCCGGCCAGGCCGAGGGACUUUAAGGGAUGGCGAUGAUGAGAUUAUGCAGAGCAGCCCAUUUGUGAGCAGCCAGGUUGCUCCGGACGAUGCAUCAAGCGAAGAAGAGAUACCCGUAACAUCGGUCUUAUUGGUGAGAGAAGAUGAGCUAGAAGAUGCGAAACGCAGAUUCAAGACUCUAUACUCUAUAUUCAUCUACAGCGUUCAGCCUACAUCGCCUACAGACCUAAACGUUUUAGCCGACAUAACUUCCCUUGUAUCCACGAAAGACCCGUUACAGUAUGGUCCGGGGUACGGUAUGAUACAGAAUAAGAACCGAAGAACUGGUCCUAUACCGCCCCCCGCAUCUAUACCAAGCCCUACGAAGCCAAAGACCCCAAAAGUAGCUCCUAUAAAACAGGAAGAUAAGCCCCAGACGCAAAAGGAGGACAUAAAAGCCGAAGCAAAGGUAGAAAUCCAGGCACGGCCUACUUCACGGCAAUCUUCAGCGUCCCAGACCUCAGCAAGGCCUUCGCAAAGACCAAGUUCGGCAAAACCCCCGGGUUCAGAUUUAUUCAAGGCUUUUGCUAAAGCGAAACCCAAAGCCAAGAAAGAAGAAGCGCCCAAUGUUUCUGGAGUGGAAUCCGGUGAUCCAAGUGGCGUCGAAGACGUUGUCAUGGACGACGAUUCUGAAGAAGAGCGCGAAGAUCUGUUCCUCGAUUCUGGAAAGCGAACCAGCAACAAAGACCGUGAAUCAAGAAAGGAGCGAGAGGAGAAGCUCCGGAAAAUGAUGGAAGAUGACGAUGAUGAUGAAAUGCCAGAUGCACCAAAAAGCGCGCCGGAAGAAUCCGCUUCUGUAGCGGAAGAGACAACUGAGGCAGAGAAACCGAAGACGGAGACAUCAGAACCCCCCGAACCAGCAUCUGAACCGGUCAAAACCACCAAUGGCCGCCGGAGAGGAAAACGUCAAGUCCCAAAAAGGAAAAAGUACAAGGAUGCAGAUGGUUAUCUGGUCACAAAAGAAGUGCUCGAAUGGGAAUCAUUUUCUGAAGACGAGACUGAGCCGCCGAAGAAAAGGCUUCCUCCAGUGUCAACUGCCAAGUCGACGAAGGGAUCUCAAAAGACUGGUCAGGGAAGUAUCAUGUCGUUCUUUGGCAAGAAAUGACAUGCGAACUCUGCAUAGGAAGUAAUGCAAGGCGCAUCUGCUGUGCGAC